AUGGAUAGUUCAGCUGCAUCAUCUAAUUCUAUAUCUAAUAAAUUAUCUCAAUUAUAUAGAUCUGCAAUCCCAUCGGGCAUUCAAGCUUUAGCUUUAGGGAUCACCCCACUAGUGUCACCAUCAGUAUUAAUAACGAAUCCAAAUGCUAACGGCACAACUCAAAAAAGUAUAACAAAACGUGUCUUUACAUCAUUUUUAAGUAGUUCAAAGGAGUAUAAAUAUAGAAUUGGGCCAAGUAAUGUAACUGUAUUGACUUUUUCAUUAUCUCAACUUCUCUCCAGUAUGAUGAUACUGGAUAAUGAUAUCGAAAAUGGUACUGGGUUCGCAACAGCUUGGUCAACUCUAUACUUGAUUGUAAGUGGGCGUGGAAGUAUGCAUGCUCUUUUGAGAUAUGGACGUAUUUGGCCACUAACUUUAACUGGUUUGGCUGGUAGUAAUGCUUUUUUUUAUGGUAAAGAAUAUCUACGUGGAGGCUUCCAUUAA